AUGAUUAACUCCGUGCUUCUGGGACUGUUAAUUACAGCGUUGAGUGCAGAGAUAUAUAAUGCACAAGCAAAGAUGAAGCAAAUAAUCUGGUGUUUGGAUAGUCUACAGAAGGUGAAGACUGCUUUAAAUGUAAAUUACAUUAACAAGUCCUUAGAAAAGAAAAAAAUAUAUACACUAGCUGUUUUCACCAUUCAUACCGUUGUGGUAUUAUCUAAUGGGUUAAUCUAUGUUUUUAUGAGUGGUGUUUCUGUUUAUGUUGCUGUGAUGUGUAUUUGCAACGCCAUCCAAAUGAUGAUGAUUUAUUGCUUAGCACUGCAGUUUGCUUUAUGUGCAAUGGAAGUGUAUUCAGCUUUGUCGGUCAUAAAUGAUGCACUUGAACGACUUAUCCGACCAAUUACUGUAAAAGAACGUAGAAGAUGUUGGAGAGGUACGGUUGCCAAGAGUUGAAGCUAAAAGUAUAAGUAAUGUAGCAGCAGCGUACUCUCGCGUCUGCAGCACGGUGGCGCGCCUCUACGGCUGCCACGAGGUGGCUGUCUUUAUGGUCCUGAUCAUUUGUUUCUACUAUCUCAUUGCAAUGAGUUUUUGCACUGUUAUGGAAAUGGAAAAAAUGUUCUUGAUCCGUUUUGCUGUGUUGAACUUGGCUGCCUGGUGUGUGAUGAUGAUUUUAUGGCUGGUGUCCGUCACUGAACCAUGCCAUUUAAUCCAACUCGAGGUCGAGCACAUGGGACGGACGCUGAGUCAGUUGGUAUCAAUGUUCUCGGACGAGCGUAUCUCUGCCGAGUUGGACACUUUCAGUCGUCGCUUGCUGCUUAACAAACUAGAGUUUUCCCCGUUGGGUAUUUUUACUUUAUCACGCUCCCUUAUAGUUUCGGU